UCCCGGAGGUGCCGCCGGCUGCGGUGGCGGGCGCUGCUGGUGCGUUGGCGGCGCGGGGCACGGCGCAGAGGACAGGGGCAGCCGCCGCCUCAGCAUGGUGCCGUCCAGCCCGGUCCCGGGAGAGAGGCGGCGUCAGCCCAGGGCGGCGGCAGCGGGGCAGGCGCAGCGCGGAGCGGGGGCCCGCGGCGCCGGCAGGUGCUAGGUGCGGGGCGUGUGCCCGCCCGAGCCGCGCGGUCUGGCCGCUCUCGGGUUCGGCUGCGGUGGAUGCCACUUUUGCACAGACGGCGAAGCAGGCGGCGGGAUCCGUCAGUCCCGGGCCGGGAGCCGGCCGCUGCCAGGUGCGUGCGGCCGUGAGCAUGCCCGCCUCGGCUCCGCCGCCCUGCCACACACCUGCCGGGGAGCGCCCAGCCCAGCCGUAAGGAGGGGGCAGCCCUGCCUGCCGCCGGAGCCCUGCCCUCCCAGCCCCCGAGGACCUGAUCUCGCCUCCUCUCCGUGUUCCCGAGGGGGCCGGCGUGAGAGAGCCGGGCUCAGCGCGCCACAGGCUGCCAGGGUACUUGCCCAGGUGACCAGCUGGGAUCCCCGCACUUGCCCGCAGCCUGCCCGGGAGGGCUCCUCUCCCGCACGCCGCCCGGGCUCCGGAACAUCUGUUGCUGACUGAACAGCCUCCCCCCGCUUCCCAGCCCGGCCCCGAUGGAUGCAGCCGCCCUCUCCAGCCCCCGCCAGCCAUGCCCUUCUGGCUGAGCCCCCCGGCACUGGGGCCGUUCCUUACGGGGGAGCUCCGCGCCCGUCCCUGCCUCGGGAGCCCCCAUCGCGCAGCCCCCCAUCUGAGCUCUCGCGUUACACUGCUGCUGGCUGCCAUGGGGCUGGGGCCAUCUGCCUCCUAGGUGCCGGCGCUCGGCUUCGGACUGCUGUGCCUCCUCUCCCCGCUGCCGGGGCCUCUUCUCCCCUCCCCGCUGCACUCCAGGCUCGGCCCCGGGGGUUGCCGUCCUCUCCCGCCCCCUGCCUCUGCCGUGAGCGCUCGUCCCGGUCCGCUCCCCGCCGUCUCUCCCUCUCCCCGGCCGUGCGGAAACCUGCCGUGACUCCGCGGGGGAGGCGGAGCGGGGGGAACAUGGAAGAGAAGCGGCAGGCGCAUCAGGUUGAAAUCGACCCGGAUUUUGAACCCCAGAGCCGGCCCCGUUCCUGCACCUGGCCGCUGCCUCACCCCGACUUCCCCGGGGAGGAGGAGGACGGAGGCGCGGCGGCAGCCGGUGGCUCCCGAGCCCCCGCGGCCGGCGGAGCGGCAGAGGGCUCGGAGAACACGGGAGCCGUGGCGGAUCGCAAAGCCGCUUCGGCGCUGCCUUCGCUGGGGGCGGAUGUUGGACAGCUCCGCAAGGCGAAGAACUCGCGGCGCAAUGCCUGGGGCAACCUGUCCUACGCGGAUCUCAUCACCAAGGCCAUCGAGAGCUCCCCGGAGAAGCGGCUCACCUUGUCCCAGAUCUACGACUGGAUGGUCAGAUACGUCCCCUACUUUAAGGAUAAAGGAGACAGCAACAGCUCUGCCGGCUGGAAGAACUCGAUUCGGCACAACCUGUCUCUGCACACCCGCUUCAUUCGCGUGCAGAACGAGGGCACCGGCAAGAGCUCCUGGUGGAUGCUGAACCCCGAGGGCGGCAAGACCGGCAAGCCGCCGCGCCGGCGCUCAGUGUCCAUGGACAACAACAGCAAGUUCCUGCGCAUCAAAGGGAAAGCCAGCAAGAAGAAGCAGCUGCAGGCGACUCAGGAGCGUGGGGAGGAGAGCCCGUCCUCUCAGCAGGCCAAGUGGUCUGAGAGCCCUGCCUCCCACGCCAGCGAUGAGUAUGACGCCUGGGCUGACUUCCGGACACGAGCCAACUCCUCGGCCAGCACGCUGGGCGGGCGCCUCUCCCCAAUCAUGUCCAGCCACGAGCCGGACGAGCUGGAAGAGGACGACGGCACCCCAUCCUCCCCGCUGAUGUACCCCAGCCCCUCCAGCACCAUGUCUCCCUCCCUAACCAGCAGGUGCUCCGUGGAGCUGCCCCGGCUGACCGACCUGACCGGCACCAUCAGCCUGAAUGAAGGGCUUGGCGAGAGCCUGCUGGACGAUCUGCAGGACAACUACAACAUGAGCCCUUCCCAGCCGCUGCCCUCGGGCGGCCUCAGGCAGAGGAGCUCCAGCUUCACCUUCAACUCCAAGUGCUCAACGCUCGGGGCAGCCACCAGCACGUACUGUGGGACCAUCUACAGCCAGCCCGCCAUGAACCUGCUGCGGCGCCUGCCCAUGCAGACCAUCCAGGAGAACAAGCAAGCUACCUUCACCGCCGCCGGCUCCUACCGGAACGCCUCUCUGCAGGACCUGCUCUCCUCCAUCUCCUACGCGCACAAGGAGAGCAUGGCUCAGGGCGAGCCGCCCAUGGCCCAGGCCAGCAUCCUGGCACCGUCCCGCAACCACAGACAGAGCACCCUCAUGUGCGGAGGUGGGGAGCUGGGCUUGUCCUCUUACCCCGCCCACUCGGCCUCCCUCAUGAAGAGCAACACUUUGUACCACCCGUCACCAGCCAGCCACCACCCUGCUGUCAGCAACAGUGCCUUACCCACUCCUAUCAGCCUUAUGAGCUUGCCUAGUGACUCCUGCAGCCUGGCAGCCAUGCCCCACCACGGGCAUCUCCAUCCCUAUGUCAAUACCCAAGGGGCACACAUGAGCUUGCUGGAUUCCCUCCAGGGCCCUUACCAAGGGGCGAUCCACCCCCCUGUUUUGGGCCAAGACAGGUUCCCAGCAGACCUUGACCUGGACAUGUUCAACGGCAGCUUGGAGUGCGACGUGGAGUCCAUUAUCCUCAAUGACUUUAUGGACAGCGAUGAGAUGGACUUCAACUUUGACUCGGCUCUGCCCCCACAGAACGGCCUCAACAUGGCCACACUGCCCAGCGCCCCCCAGCCCCCCAACCAGAGCUGGGUGCCUGGCUGAGACGAAGCCGGAUGCUUCCCACCAAGGAGUCACAUGGGGAACAGUGAAACAGACUUUUUUUUCCUUUCUCUUCUGCCUUUAUUUGUUCUGAUGGGCUAGAGGCAUCUGUUAAACCUGAGAGCCACCCAGACCACGAGCUGCAGGGUGACAGAUCCGUCCGGGCGCAGGACACAGCCCCACCAGCCAGUGCAUUGAUGUGUGCGCCAGACUAGCUAGCUCCGGCUGUGCCGGGGAGCCCCAGGCCCACUCCAGUUCUCUCCCUAGCACUGUAAAACAAAAGAGAAAGCACAUCAGGUGUGGGCAUAAAGGCAGUCUGGAGCCAGCCAUGCCCUGUCCCUCCUCUGCCCUUAGGGGGGUUCCCAGGCGAGGCAGUGCAGAGUCUGGACCCAAGGCAUUCGCAUUUGUCAGAAUAAGCUUUCCAAAUUGCCCCCCUCUGACUGGCCCCACCUUUUGUGCUCUUGUUUGGUUUGGUUCUCCCCACUACCUACGGUGGGUGGCAGCCCUGGAGCAGAGGCACAGUGACUGCAAAGGCCCUUGUUUUCCAGGGCAGCUGCAGCCAUCAGGAGCAGUUGGCUGGCUCAGAGGAGGCUCCCCCCCCGCAGUCAGCGUUAGCGUCAGCCUGCAGCCCCUUCCACCCCCUCACCCGACAGCAAACCAGUGGAUUUCCGUGUAUUGUUUAAGCCUGUUCUAGAACCUGAUAUAACCCCGGGGUAGCUGGAGAGCCAGGGAAAGCCUCUGAACUCUGGAGCUAGCAGCUGGGGCUGCCUGCUGGCAGCACCCACGCGCACGGGGCUCUCUCCAGAGUUUGCUUCUGGAUUCUGAGCCAGUUUGAUCUCAGCCAACUUUGGGGAUGGCCAUGUUUUCAAUCAUCAGUGCCUGCAAAAAUCCCAACCCACCGAUGACUGGCAGCUGUCUGUAUACAACAUGCAUGGUGCCAUGCACAGUCGGUGCGUGCGUGGGCGGGGGUACAGGCGUGCAUGCCCUGCACGUGCAAAUGCCGGCUUUGCAGCAGGCCCAGGGGCCUGUGUGAGGCUCUGGGCCGCCUGUUGGGAGGGGCAUGCUGCUAGCCUGGAUCCCUGCUGGAGAGGUAGGCUGGGGGAGGUUAGGGGGUGUGGGGGGGAGUUAUUUAUUUGAUUUUAUGCACUCUCUUGCCAUUGAAUAAUCACCUUGUUAGAAGAGCCAACGGGAGAGCCGUGCUGGGAGCUGGGGAGGCAGUCUGCAGGCAGCGCGUGCUCGCGGGAGACGGCAGUUAAUGUCAGGGAUAUGCGGAGGGCUGGGAGAUGAUUGCAAAACCUGAAUCUGGCUUGCGAUGCGGAACAUCCCCAGAGUUUGGGGUGCUCAGUGCCAGGGCACUGGACCUCCCAAUGGGACUUGGGGUUCAAACACCUGCUUCCCUCUGCAGAGCUCACUGUGCCCCUGCGUUUUCACUACCAGCAAACCCUUCCCUCCCCUGCCCCAGGGGUUGGUAUGCAGGCUCUGGGCAGGUGCCCGGGGGCUGCCAGUCUGUCAGGCAAGAGAGAGGUGCUAUUGCUGCCCACAGCAGGGAGUCACUGGGGCUAACUGUCCGGGUCUAGCAGCAGGGACUUCUGGGGAGGCAGCCUGCUUUCUGAGCACCACCCACCUGAGCUGGGCGGCCGUGCCAGCCAUGCAGACAGCACGAACGGGCACAGCAGGUGCUCAGCGUUUGGGGACGAGCCAAUCGGACGGAGGAUCCUUCCCAGUAAGUGAGAAGGGAGCCAAUCCCCUUGCCUCUGUGGUAGUGCCCAGAAGAGUCAGGAGUGGUUGGGAGCUGCAAUGCGGGCACAGCUGGGCAGUGGGCUGUGCUGGCCCCCAUCGGGGCAGGAAUCCCCACACAUCGGGCUUGUGUUCCGCAACCACCGGCCUGAGGCAGACCCAGAGCAUCUCCAAACUGCCCAGGAUCUUGUAGACAGUCCCUGGCUCUCUAACAAGUCGAGCCCAAACACCAUCUGAGCUCUGGGGCUGGAGCCUUUCCUUGGGGGUCCAGCUCCUCCUUAACCAGGGCCCGGCUCCUGGCUCUGACAUGAAACACACGUUGCUUCCGCUGCGCUUUGCUCUGGGAUCCCCGAUCCGUUGGACUCUGAGCCUCGAGCAACCAGGGCGCAACCCCCUGGGUGGGAACCGAGGUUUCUGUGAACUCUGACUGCAGGACACAGGCCUGGCGCUUCCCAGCAGGGGGAGGGAUAUUUGCCCCCCAAAUGAUCUUCUAGGGCCCCAAAGUAUAGUCAGAGAGGCUGAACUACGUAGUGAGCGACCCAGCACUGAGCAGUGGAAGUGACAGUGACAAACUACUGAUGCCAGAGCCAAAUUUUACAUUCUUAAAUUCCAAGAUUCCCCAGGUCUAACCAGGCCUGGGCUCCUGGAAGGCUGGUUGUGUUUUAAACAGCAACCUCUAGGGACCUCAACAUACACACCAAGAAAGGGACCCUAGAACUGGCCCUGGCAUAAUCCCACGUAGUCGGGAACUGGGGGCUCCCUGGCUCCAUGGGGCUCCAGGGUUCUCUGGCCUGGUGGUCUAGAAAGCGCCUGGAGCCCCCCGCGUUGGCCCAUGGAGCGUGUGAUUCUGUGGUCUGGGUUCAGGCUUGUUUCCCACGGGAGCAGCCAGCAUAGGCACAUGUGAAGGGCAGAGGAGAUCCCAGGUGCUGAAUGGGAGGAGAUGGGUCCUCAUCCCUACGCAAGGUGGAGCCCUGAAGGGCCCUGCCCUCCUCAGUGGGGCUGUCCCAUGCCCCUGCCCUGCAGCCCCCCUCCUUUCUCUGUGAAUGGCCCAGGAGCACCAAGCACUGUCAGGCACAGAGAAAGGGGCCGGUUUGUUAAAGUCCCCAUCUCUCUCUCUCUCUCACCCCUCCAGCAAUUCUCCCAGCCCCCAGCAUCACAGCCGAUGCAUCUUCCAAGGGCCAGGCAACAUGUCCUGAUGAAGGCCAUAGGAGACCUAGCAGCUGCUCCUUGCCUGCGGUGGGCAUACGCCAUGUCCUCUCGCCUCACCCAAGCAGGGUCCAUCAGGUACCCGGCGUGUGUCUAUGGUGGGGAAUAACAAAGGAGCCCAUUGAUGUACCAUUGAUGAUGUUUGCUCCAGGUACAUAGAGGUCGUAGUCUAUUUAUAAAGACAUUAUUACCAAUUAAUUAAUUAUGUUUACAUUGUUGAAUCAUGUACAGAAUUUAAUAUAUUCUAUUCUA